AUGAAUAUUCUCAAUGGCCUAUUCAAAUACUUGGUUUACCCAAUUCAAUCUACUUAUAACAACAAUGGAAACGCUAGAAAGACGAAAACCUUCAAAGGAAAAAAGCCAUUGGCUGAGGACACUAAACAAUAUCAGCUACAGAAAUACGCGGAAGCUACGCUUAGUUCAGGUGAUCUGAAGUUGGCGGUAGUAUUACCAGAGGGUGAAGAUAUAAAUGAAUGGUUAGCUGUCAAUACAUACGAUUUCUUUAAUCAGAUAAAUAUGCUAUAUAGUACCAUCACAGAAUUCUGCACUCCACAACAAUGUCCUAUAAUGUCAGCUGGCGCCAGCUUAGAAUAUCUAUGGUCUGAUGAUGUAAAUGUUAAAAAGCCCAUAAAGUUAUCGGCGCCAGAAUAUGUGGAUCAUCUGAUGACAUGGAUUCAAGAACAAAUGAAUGAUGAGAAUAUUUUUCCCAGUACGCUAGGAAAUCCAUUCCCGAAAAACUUUCGAGAGAUUGUCAAAAAAAUAUUCAAGCGUCUUUUCCGAGUCUACGCGCACAUUUACCUCUCACACAUGACUGCGAUCACAGCGUUAGAGGAAGGUCCACAUCUGAAUACUAGCUUGAAACAUUUUGUGUAUUUCGUGCAAGAAUUUGAUUUAAUUGAACAGCCGGAAAUGAAACCGCUUACGUCUGUUAUUGAGGCUUUGAUGAAGUCACCUUCUUCAUCCACUUUGGAAAUAUGA